AUGCCGGUAGCAAAUAGUGCAACGAGUUCAAUAAGUGGUUCAUUGCCAAAAUGGCAACUUGCCUUGGCAGUUGGUGCACCAGUGGCACUUGGAUUAGGAUAUAUGUAUUAUAAAAAUAUAAAUCAAGGAAAAAGUAAAGGAUCAGAUAAAACCAAUGGUACAGCAACUGAAAAACAAAUAUCCAUAGAUGGAGAUUCAGGAAAACAUCUUACAAAACAACCUGAGACUCUAGCUGCGAAGGCUGAAAGAUACAAAAAUUUAGGGAAUCAAGCUUUUGGUGCUAAAAAAUAUGAAGAGGCUAUUUCUUACUACAAUAAAGCAAUUGAAACUUGUCCUAGUGAUCAAAAUAUAGAAUUAGCUAAAAAUUAUCAAAAUAGGGCUGCUGCUUAUGAGGCUUUGGAAAAAUACGAUGCUGUAAUUGAUGACUGUACAAAGGCAUUGGAACUCAAUCCAAAAUAUACAAAAGCAUUGUUGAGAAGAGCACGAGUUUUGGAAAAAACUAAUCAACUAGAAUUAGCUUUAGAAGAUGUUACUGCUGCUUGUAUUUUAGAAAAAUUUAUGAGUCAAUCAACACUUUCUAUGGCUGAUAGGGUCUUAAAGGAACUAGGCAAACAACACGCUCAAGAACAUAUGAAGACUAGAAAGCUCAUAAUGCCUAGUAAAUAUUUUAUUAAAGCAUACUUUAGUUCCUUCAAAAGUGAUCCUAUAUUUUCUGAGAAUGUGGUGGACGAUCAGAAUGUCAAUCAAGGUUUACAAAAGGUUAUUGAAGCCUUUAAAGAAGAGAAAUAUGAUACUAUGAUGGAUUUAUGUACAGAGGAAAUAGAAAAAUGUACUGAAGAGCAAACUUCAGAGAAAAUGAAAUUAAUGCUUCUUCGUGGUACGUUCUAUCUUCUACUUGGAGAACAUAAUAAAGCUAUCGAAGAUAUUGAAGCUAUCAUAAAUAAUGAUAAAGCCAGCAAUGGUGUAAAAGUAAAUGCUCUUAUAAAGAGAGCAACAAUGAAUAUGCAAUUAGAAAACCCUGACCAAUGUUUUGCUGACUUUGAUAUGGCAACCAAAAUUGAUUCCGAGUGUGGAGAUAUUUAUCAUCAUCGUGGACAAGUUAACUUACUUUUAGAUAAAGUCGAAGAGGCUAAAAAUGAUUCUGAAAAAGCUUUAAAAAUGAAUCCAAACUCAGGAAUCGCAUUUGCUCAAAAAUCUUACAUGGAUUAUCGUUAUGCUGCAAUGACUAGGUCACUGUCAACGAUAGAUAAUGUAAUGAAAGAAUUUGAAAAAGCGUUUGAAUUGUUCCCUGACUGUUGCGAGUGUUAUACAUUAUUUGCUCAGAUGCUAUGCGAUUCACAAUCUUACGAUAAAGCUGACACAUAUUUUGCAAAAGCGAUUGAAAAAGAUCCAACAAAUGCUAAUAUUCGUGUCCACCGAGGAUUGCUACAACUUCAGUGGACUGGAAACGUAGAAAAAGCUGUCGAAUAUAUUAAUAAAGCACUUGAGUUAGAUGAUAAAUGUGAAUUUGGAUAUGAAACUCUUGGCACGAUAGAAGUCCAAAGAGGGAAUCUUAAAAAAGCCAUAGAACUUUUUGACACAGCAUUAAAAUUAGCUCGAACAUCAUUAGAAUUUACUCACAUAUUCAGUUUACAAGAUGCAGCAAAAGCUCAGUUGAAAGUCAGUGAAAGAUUAGGAUCCGAGUCACUUUUUGGUUUACCAGGAAUGGCAUAAUGAAUAAUGAAAAAUUACAAAUGGAGCAGCUGUGAGUCUGGUCAUGACUGAUUUGAGAGCAUGUAAAAUAAUUGCAUUUAUAAUUGAAAUUUUUGGAUGACUUAAAAUUCAACGUCUAUAAGUGCCUAUGCAUUCUAUUCUAGGCAACAAAAAUUUCAUGAAGGUAACGUUAAAAUUGAUUACAUGUAUUAUAAUCAAUAAAUUUUUUUUAGUAAUUCACUAUAUCCUUUUGUGCUAAAUGAAGUAUGAUAUCUGUUAAAUAUCAUAAAUGUGAAAUAAUUUUUGUGAGAUGUAAAGUCGAAUAGUCUAU